AGUUAUAUAACACUACAGACAAUGCUACAGCUGUGUCGGAGGGAGAGCCUUGUUCAUCAGGCAUUCACGAUGAAGAACCACCAUCAAAAAGAAAUAAAAGGAAAACCCAUCGAAUUGAAGAAAAAUGGAGAGUGUCGAUCUUUAUUUCACACAAACCACGUGGGCAUUGCCUUUAUGGAAAAGUUGGUUUUCUUAUUGCGUGUA